AUGGAUCCCCACCCGACGACGCCGAACCUGGGCGGAGGCGAUCUCGGUCCGAGGCCUUCGGCCGAAGCCACCAUGUUGACCGACCGACCAACGCCGACGAAACCUUAUGGACGACCAGCGAAAGCAACUGCAUCUUCGCAACCAUCGACGACGAAGCUGACCGCGCCUGGUAGCGCCAACAUCAAGGUCAGCGACUCGAAACACCUCGCCGGCAUCGACCUGUCCACUAUUCCGACUGCUACCUCGUCUCCUACUCUGUCUGUCUACACCACUACCACCACCACUGCCUCUAUCACCUCGCCCAUCGUGACUGCUGCUCCCUCCUUACCCGUUCUCGUCGUUGACGCGCCUGUGGACCCCAUGGACACCGCCGCUCCAGCUACUUCAGACGACGACUUUGGGUUCGUGAAGCCUCGGAAGACCACCAAGCGGCCUCUCCGCGACGUGCUCUCUUCGGAUGACGCCGUCCCAGUGGAAAACCGCUACGGAUCCUUAUCCUCCUUGCCUGACUCUGACAUCGACGACGCCGCAUCAUCUGCUCCUCCUCUCACCGCCAAGCCUCGUCGUACCCAGCACCCGAAGAGACAUAAGACUGUUGCCGCGCCGCCCCAGCCUCAACCUUCUACAUCUGUCUCCCCUCCGCAACCUCAGCCAUCCACGUCUCAGCGGCCGGCCACCUCUGCUCCUCCUGCACCUAAGCCGCCUCGCAUGCCACCCAUUGGCAUUCGCUCCUCGCCGACCGCUCAACCCUUCCUCCACAUCAAACACUUGCAGUCCUUGCUCACCGGUCCACUCACCGCCACCUCCAUUAACGACCGUACGUCUUUCUACACUGCUAAUCCUCACGACCAUCAGUUCCUCUACGACCACCUCAAGAGACAUGGCUACCAGCCCUACACCCACCUGCGUCCCGACGAGCGCACCGACCGUGUUGUGGUCAAGCGCCUGCCCUCCUCCACCACCGCGGACGAGGUCAAGGAGGCUCUCCUGGACCUCGGCCUCCCGGUGGGCACCGUCUUGCCGCUCCGCACCUCCGCCGACUCAACAACCCGGCCCUUCCUCGUCUGCACCAACGGUCUAGGGGAGGCGACGCGGUUCCUCAAACUGAAGACGCUAGGCUGCUGGGUGGUGACCGUAGAGCGCUACCGGGGCUCUGGGAGGGUGUUUCAAAUGCGCUGGGCACCACUGGUCGCGAGACUGCACCUCUACGACUAA